UCAGUACACUUGUAUCUCAGUGAGCAAUAUUAGUUGUUUUUGGGAGGAUGUUUGAAGGUUUUUGUUUAUUUGUUUGUUUUUCUCUGGCAGGAACAAGCCACCUCGUCGACCAAUAAGCGUGUGUCCUGCCCACCGAGCCAACCAAUCACAGCCCGUUUCUCACCGGAGAGAGAGAAAAGAUGAUGAUGCUGAUGCUGAAGUGUAGUGAAGCAGCGGCCAUGUAUUUACAUCCUUUAUCGCUGUAAAAUCUCCUAAUAUAAGAAAAUCGGUGAGGGUAUUCUAGACUAAUCACUACAUGCUGGCAGACUGUAACGACAGAAAGACUCUGUGUUGCUACACUUCAGAGACCAUAAUGGCCACCAGCGCCAAAAGACCAUCGCUUGGAGCUGUGGCUCCUCGUAAGAAAGCGAGUCCUAAACCUGAACUGACAGAAGAAAUAAGGCAGGAGAUACGAGAAGCCUUCGAGCUAUUCGACACAGAUGGCUCAGGUUACAUUGAGGUUAAGGAGCUCAAGGUUGCUAUGAGGGCUCUCGGAUUUGAGCCCAAAAAAGAAGAGAUCAAGAAAAUGAUUGCAGAUGUAGAUAAAGAUGGGACUGGCAAGAUUUCAUUCGAUGACUUCCUGGCAAUCAUGAGCCAAAAGAUGGCUGAAAAGGACUCAAAGGAAGAAAUCCUAAAGGCUUUUCGACUGUUUGAUGAUGAUGAAACUGGUAAGAUAUCAUUCCGCAACCUAAAGCGAGUUGCCAAAGAGCUCGGUGAGAACCUUACUGACGAGGAGCUUCAGGAGAUGAUUGAAGAAGCAGAUCGAGAUGGCGAUGGAGAAGUGAGCCAGCAGGAAUUUCUUCGUAUCAUGAAAAAAACGUGUUUGUACUGAAUAAGAGGAAUAUUAGACCUUCGUGUAGUUUGGUCUCAUCACAAAUCUCACACAUCAUUUGCACAGAUAAUAAAAUGCACAAUUUCAUAUUAGAUGAUCAGGAGUGAUAAAUGAAGAAAUCUAUUAAAGAUGUUUAACAAUACGAAGCAGUCGGGAAGCUGAGUGUGGUUUAUAAACGUAAAUAAUUUUUAGGAGGAAAUAUAGCAAACAUUAAAGUGUCAGUUAAAAACUUGGGGAAUGGAAAUUUUACAAAUAUAUCCAAAUGUUUUAAACAGUGUUGACUUCUACAGUGCAUACAAUGGCCUUUACAUAUUAAAAUUUGUCCUUAAUGUCAGCCCAGUCCAAGGGUUUAUUUUAACUUGACAAUUCAGCCUGAGUGUGCUGCUGUUUUUCAAGUGUAAUUUUGUGUGUAAUGUCUGCUAAGCUUGCUGUGUGUCUGAAUUUUAAAGGGUGCAAUUGUUACAUCCUCUUGCCUUUAUCCAUAUUUCUGUACAGUGAUCUUAGGACUGUAUUUUUCACUUUAUACAUAUUUCAUCUUUAUGCCUUCUAUUAUUAUCUGAUGUUUGGUGUUUUGUACUAAUCAGUAUAAAUGUUUUAAGCCUAAAUUAAAUAUUAAGUAGUGAUUCUUGAUUAUAAUCUCUCGUGUUUAAGCAGAAACACUAAGG